UUCCCCCUCCUAGAGUCCCUCGGUCGGUAGGUCUCCAGGAAUGGCCGCUUCCUGUUCCUUUCCUUUCGCCUUAGAAGCCUCUCAAGAUUUCCUCAGCUCUCUCUUCGCGAACUACUCCGGAGCCUUGGUCUCCGUCCCUCCGUCUCUGGCUCCGGCAUCUGUCUCGGCUCCUGGCCUCCCUCUCCCCCUCCCCCCUCCCCCGCGCUGUCAUUCACCCCGCUCCUCUCUGCGCACAGCCAAUGGAGAGACCCGGCCGAAACGGCGAGGCUCGCUCGCACCGGGCUUUUUCGCCCGGUGAUUGAUGUCCCAGAGUCAACAGCGAGCGAGCAGCCGGAGAGGGGAAGGAGAAGCCGGAGAGGGAAAGAAUACGGCGCCCCCCUCUCUCCCUCCCCUCCCCCUACUUUAGUCCUUCUGCGCACUUCGCCUCCGAGUCUCGGCGCAGCCAGGAGCCGCUGUCGCCUCGAGACCCGCUCGGUGCCCCCCAGAACCCAGCACAGCGAGCGCCGCUGCCCGGGCCCCCCGUGGGGCCAGGGCCCCGGCCGGGCCGGCAUGGAGCACCUGGGUCCGCACCACCUCCACCCGGGCCAUGCGGAGCCCAUCAGCUUCGGCAUCGACCAGAUCCUCAAUAGCCCGGACCAGGGCGGCUGCAUGGGGCCCGCCUCUCGCCUCCAGGACGGAGAAUACGGCCUUGGCUGUUUGGUCGGAGGCGCCUACACUUACGGCGGCGGGGGCGCCUCGGGUGGAGCAGGGGCCGGGGGCGCGGGGGCCUACGGCGCGGGCGGCCCGGGCGGCUCCGGCGGCCCAGCGGGCGGCGGAGGCGCCUGCAGCAUGGGCCCUCUGGCCGGCUCCUACAACGUGAACAUGGCCUUGGCGGGCGGCCCCGGUCCCGGCGGAGGCGGCGGCGGCGGCGGCGGAGGUGGCAGCGGCGGCGGCGGGGCGCUGAGCGCCGCGGGAGUGAUCCGAGUGCCUGCUCACAGGCCGCUAGCGGGAGCCGUGGCCCACCCCCAGCCCCUGGCCACCGGUUUGCCCACCGUGCCCUCUGUGCCUGCUGUGCCGGGCGUCAACAACCUCACCGGCCUCACCUUCCCAUGGAUGGAGAGUAACCGCAGAUACACAAAGGACAGGUUCACAGGUCACCCCUACCAGAAUCGGACGCCCCCCAAGAAGAAGAAGCCCCGCACAUCCUUCACGCGCCUGCAGAUCUGCGAGCUGGAGAAGCGCUUCCACCGCCAGAAGUACCUGGCCUCCGCCGAGCGUGCCGCCCUGGCCAAGGCGCUCAAAAUGACCGACGCACAGGUCAAAACUUGGUUUCAGAACCGGAGGACAAAGUGGAGGCGACAGACCGCGGAGGAGCGCGAGGCCGAGAGGCAGCAGGCGAACCGCAUCCUCCUGCAGCUGCAGCAGGAGGCCUUCCAGAAGAGCCUGGCGCAGCCGCUGCCCGCCGACCCCCUGUGCGUGCACAACUCGUCGCUCUUCGCCCUGCAGAACCUGCAGCCGUGGUCUGACGACUCGACCAAGAUCACCAGCGUCACGUCCGUGGCGUCGGCCUGCGAGUGAGCCUGCCCGCGUCGCACCGGUGGAGGGUCGCCGGGGCCAGGCUGAGAGCCAGGACUCUUCCCCCACCCCUCCUCGCCUCGGACUGCGAGCGGGAGCACAAUGCCCCGCGCCCCAGCCCGCUCGAGGCGACACUGCGCUCCCUUUUGUGGAAGGGAAGACGGGAGCGAUCGGGACAGGGACGCGCGACCCCCUCCCGGAAGCCGAUGAGGCUCCAUGCUCACUGGAACUGUUCAGAGCCCUCCCAGUUUGUCUAUUUCGUUUUAUUCUGGUUUUUAACAUGGAACAGAGAGGCAGGGAGGUGGAGGAGGAAGAGCUUACGGGAUCCCAGACCCACCAUCUGAAUGCGCCCUGGGAAACCCCUCCUCAUCACACACAAGGACACCCAAAGGCACACAGGGAGGUGAUGUCACAGUCCAUCCUGGUGUCACCCCCAUAGGCACACACAGGGACUAGGGCAGAGUGUCCAGUACACACUUCAUCAUAGCAUUCACACCCUUGAUCCUCACCAUCAGGCACUGGCCAGGGGUGACCAAGACCGGCUUCUAAUGGCGUGGCACUCCCUCUCCCCCCACCCCACCCCCCCAACACAAGGCCAGGUGGCACGGUGACACCCCAGCCAGGCCCCCAGCCCGUAUCACAGCCAGCCGCACCCAGGUACGCACAGCCGGAUUUUCACCAGACUCAAACCAUCUCUCCAGAGCCUGUGGGGAGGGGGGAGGGAGGGGAAGAGUUAAGUUAUGCACUUAUAAGGUGUUUUCUGUGUAACCAUUUUAUAAAGUGCUUGUGUAAUUUAUGUGGAAAAAAUAAUAAAACCCUCCGGAUCGGGAGUCAGGACAGCCUGCUCCUUGA